AUGUCGAGCGGUCAUCGCUUUUCAGUUUGUUUGAGCAGCUAAAAGCGUCGAGACCGAGACUGAGACCGAGACCGGGACCGAGAAACGGUAACCGAGAACCGAGAACCGAGCCGCGAGCCGUUGCCCAUUUGCCGUUAGAAAGGGUCACUUAUUAGCAACGUGCCAAUUGGACAAUUCCAAUUGGGAUUCGAACAUCUUAGUCUCGCUAACGGAUCGCGCUCGCGACCGCCAAUGACAAGGUCGGCGCAGUCGUUGAUAUGGUGCCAGAGGAAAAGAAGGUUUAUGGGGAUACGACACAGCCGCUGGCGAGGCGUCGCCAGGGCUACUAUAACCGCAAGGACAAGAGCGAUCUGGGCGAGCAUUUUGUGGCGCCCGAUGGCGGCUGGGCGUGGCUGGUGUGCGUAGCCGCCGGCGUAUCGAAUCUGUCAUUGUAUCCGUGCCUGCAGCAGUUCGGCUUCAUGUUUCGCGAGCGUCUCAUCGAUCUGGGCAUGUCCAGCUCACAGGUGACAGCCAUAAUCAAUACGAAUCCAGCGGUAUCCGCCUGCACGGGCCUACUAAAUGGCCCCAUGUUCCGGCGGUUCACAUUUCGCCAGGUGGCCAUGGCGGGCGCCCUGCUCUGCUUCAGCGGCAUUGCCCUGACCGCCUUCUGCGAGACCUUCGUCGGCUACAUAUUCGCCUAUGCAUUGCUCUAUGGCUUUGGCAUGGGCAUCAGCGUGUCGGCCUCCUCGCUGGCCAUCAACACAUACUUUCAGCAGAAGCGACGACGCGCCGCUGGCUUCUCGUGGACCAUCACCGGCCUGGGGCCGAUCUUUCUGCCGUAUCUGGUCACGUUCCUGCUGGGCGUCUACGAUGUGCAGGGCACGGUGCUGCUCUUUGCGGCCAUCUCGCUGCACGCCUUUGUCAGUGCGCUCAUCUAUCAGCCGGUGCGGUAUCACCUGGCGCCGGGCAGCCCGGCCAGAGCAGCGGCGGAAGCGUCUCUCAUGCAGCCGGAGCAGCAGCCGGAGAUACUGUGCGCCCAUUGUGCGCUGCAGCGCAAGCGAGAGCCGGGCGGCAUCUUCUCCAGCCAGUACCUGUACCAGGAUGACGAUGCUCAGAGGCCGGGCUACGAGAUCAUUGAGCCGGGCACGCCCAUGUUGUCGCGUGCCAAUGAUGGCUGGUAUGGCUCCAAGUUGUCGCUGAGCUCUGGACGGAUGCGCUUUCGCACAGUGUCCAGCUCCAAGGAUCUGGAGCACAUGCAGCGCCUGCAUCGGCCCAUCAAUGAGGAGCAUCAGCAGCAGGAAGAGGACUUCCUGCGACCCAAUAACUUUAGGCGGGAGCGCGAAGAGUCCAUCCUGGACUCGAAGCUUUGCUGCAGCUGUGCCGAGCAGCGGGCGCUCUUCGCUUCCCUCCAAACGGAGCCGCCGGAGCACAACAACAACAACGAAGCGGAGAACCUGAAUCCGGACAAGAUGAGCUUUGUCCAAAAGCUGGUUACCUUCUUCGAUUUGGAUCUGCUGCGCGAUAUAACAUUUGUGAACCUGGUCGCCGGACUGACGGUCAUCAACUUUGGGGAGCUCAACUUUUCCAUUCUAACGCCGUUUAUACUGACGGACUUUGGAUUUGAUACCUCACAGAUCACAGUGGCCAUGUCGCUGAUGGCCGGUAUGGACAUAACCAUGAGAUUUCUGGUGCCGUUCAUCACUGAGAAGAUGUCCUGGGAUAAUCGCGUCUUCUUUCUUAUUGGCGUCGUGGGCAUCGCCAUUGGACGCAGCGUCGUCGCCUGCACCAGAUCCUAUGUGGUUAUACUGGCCUGCUUUGUGUGGAUUGGCCUGUGCAAGGGCGUGCGCACCAUAUUCUGGCCACUGAUCAUACCCGGCUAUGUGCCAUUAAAUCGCCUGCCAGGCGCCUCUGGACUCCAGCUGCUCAUCUCGGGCCUGUUCACGCUCUUCUGCGGCCCCUUUGUGGGUAGGACUUGUGCGGGAUCGUUACAACUACUCCGUGACGCUGCACUGCCUCGACGCCUUGUCGUUUGCUGCUGCUGCCGCCUGGGCCCUGGAGGCGCUGCUGCGACGACACAGACGCAAGACGCUCAGUUGAUCAAGUGACCCACUCAGAUAUACAUACAUAUAUCAUUAGACUUUGAUAUCUAA